AAAAAGCUAUGUUCUUCUUUUAUUUUUUGGUAAUACAAUGUUCUAAGUAACAUAUAAAAAUCUUUGAUCUGACUUCUUCUCUUACAAAUCUCUGGCUAUCUGAAUUCAGAGUCUUGUCCAUGGGGAUCUCCUUUAGCAACCGUCGACGUGACAACAACCACCACCGUCUCCACCACAAUCCUCCUCCUCCUCCUCCCCCUCCUCCUCAUCGUCCGCCGUACUAUUACCCCGAUCCUCCCUCGCAACCGCCGCCUCAAAACGAGUACAACUACAGCUACACUCAGAACAACCUCGUUUCAACUCCUCCGCCUCCGCCUCCUCCACCUCCACCUCCCCCGCCGCAGAUUAAUUACGGAGCGUACGGUCAUAACUAUCAUCAAAACCAGUAUUACCCGCAACAAGCUCCUCCUUAUUUCGCCGGUUAUCAUCAAAAUGGUUGGAAUAAUUUUGGGAGGAGACACUACAUUCCGCAACCGCCUACGGUUCAAAUUGUGCAGCCUUAUGUGGAGCAUCAGAGCGCGAAGAAGGUGAGGAAUGCUGUCAAUGUUAAUAAAGCUACGGUGAAGCUCGAACCAGACGAUCUUAACCCUGGUCAUCAUCUUGUUUCCUUCGUCUUCGAUGCCAUUUUCGAUGGCAGUUUUACAAUCAUAUUUUUUGCAAAGGAGGAAUCUGACUGCACAAUCGUUCCACAUUUACCUGAAGCUUAUCCACAAACCAAAGUCCCUUUCGAGAAAGGUACUGGGCAGAAGUUUCUACAACCUUCAGGGACAGGAACUGAUUUGGGAUUCUUUUCACUGGAUGAUCUAUCGAAACCAACACCAGAAGGGGUGUACCCACUUGUUAUAUCAGCCGAGGCAGUAACCCCACCAAGCUCGGUUUCAGAGGAAAUUUUCGCGCAUAAGCAAAUCACACUAGCCAGUUUGGAGAAGACUAACGAUAAAACGUUUAAAGUGAAAGUCAUGAAACAGAUCCUAUGGGUUGAAGGAGAACGAUAUGAACUACAAGAGUUGUAUGGAAUUGAUAACUCGGUCAUACAAGAUAAUGGUGAGUCAGGCUUAGAGGAUGCCGGUGGCAAAGAAUGUGUCAUAUGCUUGACUGAACCUAAGGACACAGCCGUCAUGCCUUGUAGACAUUUGUGUUUAUGCAGUGACUGCGCAAAAGAACUCACGUUUCAGUCAAACAAAUGUCCCAUUUGUCGAGAACCUAUCGAACAACUUGUAAAGAUGAAGGUGCAAAGUAGUGAUGGUGGACAACACUGAAAAAGAGGUUUGCUCCCUUCACGUAAACACCAAGUUUGGUUUCUUCUCUUUUUCCCUAAACCCUUGAAGCAAGUUCUAAUGCCCUGUUUUCUUAUACAAACAUCAUUUCAUACUCUGUAUAUAUCUGUUGGUCUUAGUUUCGGAAAUGUGGAAGAACAAAAAAACAAAAACAUCAGUAAUGUAAUAUAUCUCUAAUGAUUCUAAAGAAUUUCUCGCUGUGUCUCUCUGCUUGAAACACUCAUUAA